GACUACCUGGCACUUAAUCUGAUGGGUCAUACAGCCUAUGGCGUUUUUAACAUUGGCCUUUUCUGGAUUCCAUAUAUUAAGAAACAGUUUUUAGAAAAUAACCUGAAUGGGGUGGACCCAGUAUAUGCGAAUGAUGUUUUCUUCAGCCUCCACGCCAUCUUGCUUACAGCAAUUACAGCUUGUCAGUGUUGUAUCUAUGAGGUUAAAAGGGGUACAAGAAUGUCGAAGGCCGCUAUUGGAAUGCUGGUGGCCUGUGUGUUGUUCGCUCUUGUCACCUUGUUUGUGACGAUAGCUGGCGAACUCACAUGGCUCCAAUACUUUUACUAUUUCUCUUAUAAACUAGGUGUCACACUCAUCAAAUACAUCCCCCAGGCAUACAUGAAUUAUCAAAGGAAGAGCACAGUUGGUUGGAGUAUUGGCAAUGUGCUCUUGGAUUUUACUGGGGGCAGUUUUAGCCUUUUGCAGAUGGUUCUGCAAUCGUACAACAAUGGAGAGUGGAAACUGAUUUUUGGGGACCCAACAAAGUUUGGUCUUGGAUUGUUCUCGAUGAUGUUUGAUGUUCUCUUCAUGGUGCAGCAUUAUUGUCUGUACAGAAACAAUCUUGGGGGCUAUGAAGAACUAACUUAAUAAUGAGGCUUAUUCAAGGCUACAUUGGAAUUGCUCGCUGAUCUAGAUCAUGUGUUUGGGCAACAUUUUAUUGGCUUCAAUUACUUCACUGACUGGAGCAAGUUGGUUGCAGUGAAAUAACUAACACCUCAGCAGCCAUUCAGGAUGGACUGUCUGAACAGAAGAGGGUGUAUUUCACACAAAUAUUCAACACUCCAUAAUGCUGACUGGUGUGUUUUUUACAGAACAGAUUUUUUUUAUUCCAAGAGACUCAAGGGAACAAAAUGUUUUUUUAAAAAAUGAAGUGGAUCAAUGUACUGUAAUGUUAAUUCUACUCUAUGCAAGGCUGCCUUCAUUUCUACAAAUAGCCAAUAAAAAGAUCUGACCUGGA